GCGAGAUCAAAGAGUACACGCCAGCGCCACGACAGCACAAACGCUAAUGUAGAUGUACCAGUUAGCCGUCCACAUACAUACGCCACGUGGCGUCACGAGCAGGCACUGCAAUUUCGCUAAUUGAGGCGGAGGAUGACAGUCCUCGGAGCUCGGAAACUGUACAUCAUCGGACAUCGCGAGUAACACAUGCCCACAUGAAGGAUAUGCAGCUGUGCCGUGAAGUACAUUGACAUUACGUGACAAAGCCUCCCUGCCGUUGAUUUGAUCAGAAGCAUCAUAUUGGGUGGCACUAUUCUGGCACCCAAAAGGGAUGGCAUCACCUUGUCGGAUUCCUGGCCCUGUACUCCGAGGCUGCAACAGCCAAGCCUGUGGUAGGGACACCCUGCCGGAUGAAGCUCAGUGCAGUGCUUCCACUUGCUCUCGUAGCGCCGACCGCUCUGCACCCACCUCUGGAUGCGAACGACCACAUCAGCAGUUUCACCAGUUUUCCAGGCGGCAGGACAGGUGGCAGAGCGUGUCGUCGCCGCCGCCAUCCUUGCUUGGACGCAGCAGUUUUCCGGGGAGGAAAGUGCCAACCCACAUAAAGGGUACUUGCAGAGGCACGGGGCCUAAUAUGUGGUUUCAUCAUCACUCAGUUGAUGCGAACAGCUGCCGCCUACGGCCAUCGGCAGUUCAAGCAAAGAGCAGCAGCAGCAGCUAUACCUCUUCUCCCACUUCCACAGCAGCGGCUGAUAAUCCAACCAUUCCCUCACAGAUACCCCUCUUUGAGGAAGCUGAUCUCGACCAUCCGGCAUGGGCUGGUCGCACAUUUAGCCGUGCUACAAACAUUGCCCUUGCUUUGUCGCCCAUUUUCCAUGCAGUCCGAGAUGCAGCUCGGGGAUACUUCAUGAGGUUCGCUGAAGAGAGUGGAAUUCCAUGGCGUGAAUUGGUCAGCUCAUUGGAACAAUCAACGGUGUACGACGAGAUGGAUCUGGUCGAGAACAAAUCCAUCACUUACCCUGAAUAUUACCUCAAGCCUUUCCACGGAUACAAGGAAUCCAACCUCUGCUGGAAGGCGGCAUUCGAAAUCGAGCCGGCAAAUCUGAUGGUGGCGAAGCGGGCGUUCAAAACAGUCAUGCCGACAACGUCACCAAUAGAGUGCGAGGAACUGCAGAAAAGGUACUGGAUCCUUGCGGUGAAGAAUCACCUCGACCGGUACGGGCCGAAGGGACCUGUGACCGACAUCCUCGAUAUCGGCUGCUCAAUUGGCCUCAGCGCUAAUGCGCUGGCAGAUGCGUUUCCAGAUGCUCAGGUCACGGGUCUUGACGCGUCGCCACAUUUCCUCGCCGUCGCCAGUUACAGACAGAAACAGGCUGCCCAAGCCGGGAAGGCGAGAUCCAAGCCUAUCCGUUGGAUGCAUGCAUUGGCUGAAGAUAGUGGCUUGCCGAGCCGCUCCUUCGAUAUCGUGAGCCUCUCUUACGUAGUUCAUGAGCUGCCUCUGCAUAUUAAGCAGUCGAUUUUUAGCGAAGCUCGGAGACUUCUGCGACCGGGAGGAACGAUCGCUAUCAUUGAUAUAUCACCCAAGUCAAAGCAUUACCAUCAGAUUCCUCUGCCUAUUGCUGUACUUAUAAAGUCAAUGGAGCCGUUCCUCGACGAGCAUUUCCUGUUCGAUUGCAAAAGCGAACUGCAGAAAGCAGGCUUCACAAACGUCGAGUCUGUACUCACUAACCCUCGGCAUGCAACAACAACUGCCACUGCUGCUGCCUAAAGAAAAAGGCAUCAGUGUACACUACUAGUCUACUAGAGCAUUCAGCCGCCGCCU